CGUAUCAGCCGCGGAGAACCGGACAACUGUUACCCCCAAUACCCGGCCACGUCUUCCCGCCUCCCGCAGGAUGAGUGUCGGCGCUCCGAGAGGCCUGGCCAGCUCGGGACAGAAGCCCAUCAUGGAGAUCCUCCACCCGCUGUCCGCCGCCGAGGAGCCGCUCUCCCCGGGGCCAGAUGUCACCGUCAACGUUGGAGGGGACAAGGAAGCGGUGCUGACCAACGGCACGCCGGUGGAGACGUCGAGUCCUGCCUCGGCGUCCUCGCUGUUCAACAGGCUGCAGCUGGACGAUGACCUGGAAGCAGACGCCCGGGACCCUUACGCCUCCAUGGAAACCCGUGACCUUUUUGUCACAGUGGACGACCCAAAGAAACACGUGUCCACCAUGGAGACCUACAUCACCUACAGAGUGUCCACCAAGACAUCACGGAUAGAGUUUGACCUGCCAGAAUACUGCGUGCGACGUCGCUACCAAGACUUUGACUGGCUGAGGAUCAAGUUGGAAGACAGCCAGCCGACCCACCUCAUCCCGCCGCUGCCAGAGAAGUUUGUGAUGAAGGGCGUGGUGGACCGUUUCUCGGAGGAGUUCGUGGAGACAAGGAUGAAAGCUCUAGACAAGUUCUUGAAACGAGUUGCAGACCAUCCCGUCCUCUCCUUCAACCCGCAUCUAAACGCCUUCCUGUCUGCCAAGGACCUGAACAAGCGUCAGGGUCUCGCCCUGCUGACCAAAGUGGGUGAGUCGGUGAAGCACGUGGCCGGAGGCUACAAGCUGCGGGCGCGGCCAGCCGAGUUCUGCGCCAUGGGAGAGUACCUGGACACCUUCAGCCAGAAACUGGGAACCAUCGACCGCAUCGCUCAGAGGAUCCUCAAAGAGCAGUCAGAUUUUGCAGUGGAACAUGACAAUCCCUCAGUAUCGCCUGUGAGGAAAGAGAGAAGGUUCUGCUGUGAUCUGAUUCCCAGUGCAGCAGUGUCUUCAUCCACAGAGUACCUAACAGAGCUGCGAGAGUACGGCACUGUGUACUCCAGCUGGGCGGGGUCAGAGGAGGAGCUGCAGCGCCCCCUGGAGGGCGUGGCCGGCAGCGUGACAACGUGCUGCGGAGCGCUGGAGGAGCUGAGUGACAACAUGAGCCAGGACUUUCUGCCAGUGCUCAGAGAGUACGUCCUCUACAUAGAGUCCAUGAAGAAUGUUUUGAGGAAGCGGGACCAGAGCCAGGCGGAGUACGAGGGGCGACUAGAAGCAGCCGUAUUGCGCAAACAGGAGGACAGAACGCCUAUACCGAUGGAGGUGGAGAAAUGCCAGGACAAAGUGGAAUGUUUCAACGCUGACCUGAAGGCGGACUGGGAGCGCUGGCAGGGCAACAAGAGACAGGACUUCAAACAGCUUCUCACCGGCAUGGCCGACAAAAACAUCAACUACUAUGAAAAGUGCCAGGCAGCGUGGGAGUCGCUCAUAACUCUCCUCCAGGACAAACAGACUGAGGACAAAACGAGCGAGACGAACUGAAACAUCACCUCAUGUCCCUGGCCCUUAUCUCUCGCUCUCUCUCUCUCUCUCUCCCUCUCUGUAUCACACUCACACUCAUGCCAAGGAAAAGGACCAACCGGGCAGCAGACUGGAACUGCUGGACUUUUGCCCCUGUUCUCUCUUCAGAUGAUUGUACGGAGGGGGAGUCGUCUCUCUCUCGACGAUCUGACCUGCAAAAGAGGUAAUGAACGGUGCGUUCAAGGACAGCAGCGAAAGAGGAGAGACCUACUAUGUACAGACUUUUUUUUUUUUUUUUUUUUUUUUGUCAUUGUUCUUAUUGACUUUUUCUACUUCAUAUUUCCAAUUAACAGUCGGUUGCCAAUGCUAUUUGUGUUUAUUUAACUGCGGUCUCAGAGAGGCGCUUUUUCUUUCUGUUCUCUCCAUGUUCAUGUUGAGCCAAAUGUGAAGGAUAACUCUUCAGCCUUGCAGAAAACAGUUUUUGAAGGCAGAUACAGAAAUUUUGAGUGGGUGCGAAGUAUCUUAAAUUAAAGUAAAACUAUUUGGAGCAUCCCCAAGAUUUCUUUCCCUGUCAGGUUGUGAAAGCCAGUGAAAACGGUAGACGGCUAAACUCUCCACUGAAACAAGACUUUUUCAUCUCUUAAAGGCAUCAUAUUGACUGUAAAUAAGAAACCAAUAUUUUAUACUUAACAAUCGUCUCAUAAUUUUUUUUUUGUGUUUUAGCCCAUAAAAUCUUGUAUUUGUAAUUACUGUUGACCCAUUUUCCAAAAGUUCAUAAGCUUUACAGUUUUCCUAAUUUCCUUCUGCAAACCAUUGUUACUAAGAAAAAUCAUCUUACAGAGACUUGAAUUUGCUGUGGCAUCAGAGGUUCACAACGUGUCCCUGCAGGCGGCGCAGCGACCUCAGUAGAGAAGCCUCUGUUAGUUCUACAAAGGGAAACUUUAAACUUUUUUUUUUUUGGGCUAUUUUUGCUCCACACCUUAACAGAUAAGUAGACAACGAGGCAAAGCUGCAUUUGACAGUGACGGCACAGGUGUGGGUGUCUGAGUUGAAUGUCGAGCCUGAUUUGGUUAUACUUUUGUGUUUUGAGUGCAAUGCAGCAGCGCCAUCUGGUGGUCAAACUGCUAAUAGCUUUCAUCCUUUUGCAACUGGUGGCUGAACAGUGUGCUGCCAAAUGUAUGUGCUGUUGCGACUUCAGCUCUCUUCUAGAAGCAAAGGCUUUAACUCAGCUGGGGAUGCUAAAUGGCUCACCGGGCAGAUUUACCCAAUGAAAAACACACAGAGGAAGUGGAAGGUGAAGACUGUAUCGGUACACUUUUACUUUAUUCUCUUUAAGCAAGUGAAAAAAAUCAGGUGUCGAUGCUUUUGAAGAAUGUUUUCGAGUCAAAUGUUAUUUUCUUGCCGUAAUCUGCCUCAGUGACUCUCAUUUACAUCAUAUCUCUGAAACAAAAACAUCAGGAACACAUGGCUUUAUCACACCGCAUUAAUAGAAUUAUAUCUUGUUUUUUUAGAAAAGUUUAUCUUCAGUGCUUAAAAAUGUUGAUGUUGCUGGCUUACAGAGAAACAAACAGCAUUUUUCCGGCAUGUCUCUUCCUGUUCAUAUUUUCUUCUUUUGUGGAAUAUCUGCUGUUUCAUGUAAACACCUGAGGAAUUGGAUAAAGUGGUGCUUAAAAGAGUUUUCUGAAGGCUUCUCGGGCCGGAGCCAGACAUUUUUAAAAACUACAUUUUGAGUGCUACAGCCUCUAGUUUAAAAGUUAAUGCUACUUCUUUUAAGUAAACAAUUUAUUUCUCCUAGUAUGAAUCUAAAUGACUCAGAAAUGUGGACAUAAGCUUUGCAGUUUGGUUCUGUUGAAGCCUCUGACCUAGUCUGCUUAGCUGUGACUCACGGGAAACAUUUUAAGGGUGUAGCAGCAGCAGCAGCAUGUAUGACCAAGAGCUUUUUUGUGUCACACUGGUUUCCUCUAUUUGAAAAAAAAAAAAAAAAAAAAAAAAAAAAAAGUUUUGUGGCUCAAAUUGUUGCUGAAGUGGACGAGCCUUGAAGGAAAUUCACUUUUUUUUUCUUUGCUACUUUGCUGAACCCUCAUUUAUUAAGUGACCGCUUUUUUUUUUUACUAAGAUGUAUUUUGAGCAUCCAGAGAGUUACUGUAGGUUGACAGUAAUGUCAUUAGUGGCGUUGCUGAGUUUAGCAUUAUUCCCUCCCAUAUAUAAAAACUUAAAGCGUUUUUAUCCCCCCCCCCACUGUCCUCAGCUGUAUCGCUACAUUGUUACAUUCAGCAUUAAGUAGCGAAAAUAAAUGAUUUUGUGGCAGAGAUAUCACAUUUUGUAGCCUCAUAAACAGGGGGAAACAUUUAUUUUUCAGUCAGAUGUGUUAAUCACUUCUGUUUGAAGAAGAGUUUUGUUUUAGUGUUCUUUUAUUUAUUGACAGCAUUUUCAGAAAGGUGCUGAUUUUGGGCAGUGACGUAGCAAAAUGACCAUAAUCUCAGCUUUUUUAAUGCUUCUUUAAAACACAAAUCUCCUUUUUGUUUUCUUUCUUUUUAAAUGGUGCCCUAUUAUCUGAUCAUUUUUGGAGGCCUCUUCAUUUUCGCGCUGAUGCCACUUUACUGAGGCUGCUCUCAGUGUAGCCAAAUGCGAGUGCUGUAAGACGGCGAUGAGAUGAAGUGACUGCGUCUGCUUGUUUUAGGUCUUUGUCAGUUUUUUUUAUUUUUUUUUAUGGUCGUCAUUCCCCUUGAGCUCUAAAAGCAUGAAGCAGCCACUGCUUCCUCUUACUGCCAGAAAUCAGGGAAGUGAUUCAUGAAGAAUAUUGUAUUUUUAAUUGUGCGUGCUGAAUGCAGCCAGUUAGCCGGAGCAGGAAGAAUAGCUGUGGUCCAGUGUUUAGGCAGCCACAGCAGACAGUACUAUGGAUGCACUGAUGCUAGAAGGCUAAAUUCCUCUAUUUGUAUAUCAGAAUACCAAAAUAUUAAAAUCCUGUAAGAAGUGUUUCACGUAUACUGUAGAAGAAGACCUCCAUUUUUAUCCUUAAACCACUUCUUUAAAAGCACAGUUACUCUAUAAUAUAGGGUUUUGCUCAUUUUACAUCCUUCUUAUGUUCAAUGUCACAAGUUAUCAAAACAAGCACCACAACUAAAGAUAUUUUAAGGUAAUGCACUGAAACGAAGCAAAGUUAAAGGUACCCUUGUAGAGUUUUUAACCACUAGUAGUGCUGUGGAGAGGGCAUCUGACUUGAUUUCUACAUCUUUCCAGCAAAAAUAAACUGUUCACUGUAACCCAGGUACAUUUUAUUAUAUUGACUUGAUAAACAACUGAGGAACAGGAAAUGUAGCAAACAUGAUAAAACUAAAAGAAUAUAAUAAUGGAAUAACUCUGAUCACUCUUUACUUUGUAGAUCUGUUUUGUUUACUGGAUUGUUAACAGCGGAGCACUGUGAAUCGUUGCUAUCGGGGCAGUGAUUUAAAAAAAUAAGAGGCAUCGGUGCAUCUGUAGACUUUCUUGCUCUCUGGUGUAAAUGAAGUAACAGUACUGACCUGAUGAAGUGACCUGACCUUGAGCAUGCACAAGUUCUGAGGUCACUCAGACUUGACUGAAAUUUCUUUUUGCUCUAAUGGCAAUAUUCUGUAUAUUCAAUAUACUCCAAUGUACAGCUGAAUUAUAUACGGUACAGCUGAGUCUAUUUUUGUAUGAUAAGAAGAUCAUUGUUGGGGUUCCACUGAGUAUGUGAAGAUUAAUACAUUUUAGAAGGAGUUUUGGAGAUUUGUGGUAACAAUGCAAGUCUUGCAUAACCAAAAUAUGAGGUAUGAAAAAUGUUAUUUUUAUUUUUGAUGCUCAUUGGAACCUUGAUGACAGUUCUCAAAUGAAUUUACUUCUCCUUAUUCAUAGCCAUUGUAAAAGCCCCAUCUUAUACUGUGUGCCUGCUGAUUUAUUGUUGCACUAUAUACGAAGCUCCACCCCCCUGGCAGAAAAGUCUGCUUAAAAAAAAAAAAAUUGAACAAAAACUAAAUUUGGUUCAGACAUAUUUUUUGUUUGUUUGUAAUAUUCUGUAAUAUUAAGAAGGCAUUGCCUGCACAGCUAAUUCAGGUUAACUCAGCAAACAGGGACGACUAUGAUAGCUACCAAUGUACAAGCCUAUAAAACGGGGAGAAUUGUGUUUUUUUUUUUUUUUUUUUUUUGGUUUUGUGUGUGUGUGUGUGUGUGUGUGUGUGUGUUGGGGGGUGUUUUGUUUUUCUUUAAUGUACAAAUCAAAUAUUUUUAAGCCAAAUGUCCCCGUCUUUUCCUCCUGUCUUCCUCACGAACAUUCACAUAUGAAGUGAGAAUCUGAUUUGCGAAACAGGAAGAACCUGACCAAUCAAACCUGUACGAAAGGUAGAAAGUCAGACGACUUAUGAGCGUGUGAAUCUCAAGCUUCAGUCUUUUUAUUUCUGUUCCUCCCCAGUGUGUACUGUUUACGUUCAGAGUCCGUAUUGUACAUUUGGAUGUGAAUAACAUCUCGUUGUAAUUAUAAAUAAGCUUGUAUAUUGAUGUUGUUUUUGAUGCAAUUUAUCUUUACCUCAAAUGAUCUUUUGGAUAUAUCGGACCAAUAAUAAAAAGAAAGAAUUCAUUUGA